AAGUGAAGCCUCUAAGCUGUAUAGAAUUGGCCAUGAUUAUUUAUCAUUCCGUUCCCUGCAAACUGGGGCGACUGAUAAAUUAUUCAAGAACAGAGUGGCGUUAGUAAGGCGUAAAACUUCUAAUCGAACGGUUCGAAAUGUCUUCCGUGCCGGGUGUGGAAAAACGACCUUCCGUAUAUGAUCAGUACGUUACGACACUGGAACCAAGGUAUCGGGAAAAGGCGCGUCUGGAGCUGCACGAGGACGAUAACACCCGGGGGCCGGCCUUGGCCCAGAUGCGUGAGUUCAUUGCGAAACAUCCGCAAAUUAUUCGCUGUCGAACCGAUUCCGUGUUUUUGCUGCGGUUUCUACGCUCGCAGAAGUUUAAUGUUUUGGCUGCCCAAAGGAUGCUCGAAAAAUGGCUCGAAGCCGGUCACCUUGGUUACGAAUUUUUCGUAGAAAUCGAUCCGUAUCGGUUGGAACCAUUAAUUGACAGAAAUAUCGUUGUUCCACUGGGAGCUGAUAACCAGGGACGGCUGGUACUGGUAACUCGAUUGGGUCGGUUUGAUAGCAAGACCACCUCACCGGAGGAGCAAACCCGAUUGAUCAGUCUCUCGUUGGAAACUUAUCUGGAUACGGAGAUUUACCAAGUUACCGGCCUGGUUAUCAUAUUUGACUUUCAAGACGCAACUAUGGCCCAUUUUGGAAUCUGGACGAUUCCCAAACUAAAGGUAAUCAUCAAUGCACUGAAUGACAUUCUAGCAUUCAGGAUCAAGGAGAUACAUUCAGUGCAGCUACCCAAGUUUGCCACAAUGAUCGCUGAUUUCUGUAUAGCGGGUCUGUCGGAAAAAUUACAGCGUAGGAUCAAGUUCCAUAAAACAAUUGACGAUCUGAAAAAUGAAAUUGAUGAGUCCGUACUACCGACAAUCUAUGGUGGAAAACGAUCGUUGGAGGAUGCGAAUGAGGAAUUUCGCAAGCGUGCCUUUCAGGAACGGAACCGGCUGCUGAAGCAGGCGGAAAUGUACAUCGAUCUGUCGAUUCCCUCGCCGAACGGUAAAAACAGCAGCAGGGGCGUUUUGCAGCGGGAAAUUUCCGAAGAAUCUGUGGUGGGAAGUUUUCGUCAUUUGAAUGUCGAUUAGAUUUAUGUUUGGUUACUAUCGUUAGUUUGGUUUCCGGAUUUCGUAACUGUUAGUUUCAAGAAUUGCUCAUGACAGCUGUAACAUGUGAUAAUAACGCAGAAGUAGAGGUUUAUUUUUGAUGUUGAAUAAAAUAUUUUUUUUUUUUGUUCAGUUUAGGUUAUAUCUUUUAUGAUCCUAGCGCAGAAAAAAGGCAAACAAUAUAGUGAACAAAAUAAAUUAAAUAU